CAACUUUCUUGUACUUCUACUUUUAACUGUUCCCCCCUCCCUCCCUCCCUCCCUCCCUCCUUGUAAUAUUUCAGUGUUUUUAAGAUUUCCUUUUGAGUCAACUUUUGUGUAUUUGGAUCUGAGCAACGAAAGAUAUUAUUAUUAUUUUUUUCACUGAAAUCUGGGCAUAUAUACUUAUAGUAGAUAUCUGUGAAUAAUUCAUUAGUGCACUGAAGGGAAACAAUAUGCCUUGGUUGAGUCCACCAGUUGACGUGAUCCGCAAAGUUAUGCGUUUGAAUUUGUAUUGCAGGGUUAUUCUGUAAAUCACCUUUCCAGUGAACUUCAAUCUUUGAGACUCUGGGCUUCUUGUUCCUUACAAAAUUGUUAAUGGGAUCUAAUCACUUUUUCAUCUUUUAUUGUGAUUUUUAUAGGAUUAGCUGAAAAGAUAACAAGAAAACAAUAUAACUUUCCUUAGUUUCUCUUUUUGUUCGAUCUUCAUUCUGUUUUUCCAAUUCAAGUUUUCUGUUUCUACGGCGUUUCUUCCUCUUUUUUUCUGCUAUUCUAAGUCCAGCCCAUCUUUGAUCUUUGUACCGAGCUUUUCCUUGCCCUGCUUUCGAUUAUUAGGCAGUUGCUCCGUGUUGUAACCUACAUCUGGAUAGUUUUGAGUUUUAAGCGUUCAAAAGAAGUUAUGGUGUGCCAAGCAGCUAGUCAAACAAGAUUUCGGGCAUUGAAACACGAGAAUGGAAGUGCUGGAAAACUAACAAUUAUAGUUAGAGUUAUUGCAUGCUAUCAACCAUUGCAGGAUUGUCAGGCUGAAUACUUCCGUCAUUUGCUUAAACCUGUCACGUAGAUUGAUUCCACGUUUCUGUUAUAGUAUCAAACUGGAAUUUGUAGUUUUUCCUUUUCCUUUUCUUGUUCCUAAAAGAAGCAGCAAUUAAUUCCGCAUUGCAAAUCAAAGCACAACUCUUGGUAAUUAUUUUGGUUGGAUGGUUAAGGCUGAAGGUUCUUGGCUGUUUCCACCACUUUCUACUUGGCAAUCACCAAAUUUCAAUCGCAUGACCACAUCUUUGGAUCCUGCGCAACUACAAUGUUUGCCAGCAUGUAUGAACCCUGGCACUUACAUGACGUCUGCAAAUAUGUCAAUGCCAGGGUUAGCAGUUCCAAGCAUUCCAAAUUUUGAGACACAACAAGGCAAUGAAACCUACGGGUUGCCUCCGUGUUUACCCCCUCACUUCCAGAAUUUUCUUCCUGGUACAAAUCCAUAUGUCAAAGAAAACUUGUCUGUGUUUUCUUAUGGGCUUGGUAGGGGAGGUGUGCCAAAUCCAAUUGUUGGAUGCCAGAGAAGGUUCUUCAUUUUCGAUCAGUCUGGGAAUGAAAAAAGGUUGAUGUAUAGUUCCUUUGGACUUACUGUCCCAAAACCAACUACAGCUGAUGCAAAGCCAAUUCCUGGUUAUUUUAACUACAAAGAAUAUGCAGCAAAAAUGGACCAGAUGAAGCUGAAGUUACACGAAGUAUCAGACGAGAAUCACUUUAGUGGUGAAGAAACUGAGAUGCACGAGGACACUGAAGAAAUCAAUGCGUUGCUAGACUCGGAUGGCGAUGAUUAUGAUGAAGAUGAUGGUGGAAGUGACGAUGAUGAUAGUGAUGAUGAUGAAGUAAGGAGCACUGGUCACUUUCCCAUUCUGAUUAAAAGUCACGGGACGCAAGAACAAGUAGAGGAAAUAACAGAGGAAGUUACUAGUUCUGAUGGUCCAAACAAAAGGCAGAAAUUGAUCGAUGGCGGGUACAAAAAAUCAUCUCCAGUAGACACUGCUAGUUCAGUGAAAGUGGAAAGAUUUCUCGGAUAUGACAAUGGAUAUGACAGUGAUAUGGGAUCAAGCUAUGCUAUAGGCCAAACCCAAAAAGAGGGAAUGGUUUCCAUUUUGGGCAGCAAGCAAUUUAGAAAGGAUAAGAUUCAUGCAACCUUGAAAAUUCUGGAGAGCAUAAUCCCUGGUGCAAAGAAUAAGGAACCGUUGUUGGUCCUUGAUGAAGCUAUAAAUUACUUGAAGUCUCUGAAGCUCAAAGCCAAAACGCUUGGAGUGAACUAUCAUUAAGUCUCAUUUCCUCAUUCCAUGGUAGCAUGUUCGCUAAAAAGUGGAAGGAAGGAAGAAUGAACGAAAGGUAGCUACUCAAGAAUUCUUGGUUUGAAUGAUUGAUGAGUUUGAAAUCACUAUAUUAGCUUUUUUCCUCAUGUGGGGGCUCUUUUUCCAACUUUUUUUCCCCUCAAGGGCUUGUAUAUAAUGGGCCAAUAAAAGGAGAGAAAUAGUGGGAUGAUAUGGCUGUUUUGCUUGCAGAAGGUGAAGAAAAAAUGGGUUUUGUUUGUUGACCAGAAAUGAUUAUCUUUUAGCUUUAUUGUGGAUUAAAGGUUAACAAAAGUCUCAAAGGAUUUGAACGCGUGGGUUGAUUGUGUAGAGGUGGGCUGUGCUGUAAAUGAGGACUUCCUUUUCUUCAAGUGUUGAGAACCCCCAUGGAUUUAGUGCAUGCGCGUUAGGUAAUUCGGGUCCCACUAUCCACCCUUCCCUUUUCUUUGAUUUCAUGCUUUUGUCUUGGUCUCUUUAAACUCACACAAAUCAUUCUGGUAUUAAACUCUCAUUAAAAAGUAGCAGUACAAUGAAAACUUCUGGUGUGGGAUACUACUGUGGAGAAGCUCAGUGGUUAAUCAUCAAUUGUUGGGGUCCACUCUUUGAUCAAAUGUUCUUAAUAAAGUCUUGUUUGUUUUCACUCAUUCCAUCCUGGCUUGCCCAUGGUCUUGCACAGUAUUGGGACAUGUGACCAUAGUUAUGUAGUGUGAAGUCCUUUAAUGCCCUACCAUGGGUUUGUCAGAUUUGUAUGCAUUGACACUUGGAGUGUAGAACCAUGUGAUUGAUGGUAGUAGUAGUAGUAGUAGUAGUAAAGUGCUUGAGUUUGAGUAUGUUUAUCUUUGCUGUUCUUUUGUUGUUCGUCUUGUUGUCUUAUGCAUCGAUGUUUUAUGUGUGUCUGUAAUGGAUGAAGUGAAUAAGAUUCUCUUGCUGUGGA